AUUAUUGUUUGCUUGAUAUAAGCGACAAUUUAUCAAAAAUCGGUGAAUUAAAAACUUUGUUGUCAAAUCCUGUUUUUGUCUGUUAAUAUGUUUAAUGUUUCAAGUGUAAAAUCUAAAACUGAUAAUGUUAAACAGUGAUUUUUAUGCGUUUGUUGGUCUGAGCACCGAUAUCCUUUAAUUGUCUUAAGUUUUCGCGACCAAAAAAAUUUGCUAUUUACAUGUAUUUUUUGAAUCUCUGCCACUUAAGUUCUACAACUUUAAAACCAUUUGCUUUAAUUUUUUAAUUUGUGUCUUUGAUGCCACGAUAUGAAUGAUAUUACAAGCUUUGUUUUAGAAAUCUUAGAAACAGAUGACAGAAUCUAAAAAAAAUUCACCAAGUGAAACGAAAAUGAAACGUCAGCGUAUUUUAUGCCUGUUUGGUAUUCCGUGUGUUUUCUUCAUAACUUUGAUUGUGUUAAGUUUUCAUUUGAGAAAUGGAGUGGAUGUUACAAGUAUUAAGAAACAGAGGUUGAUAGCUGCUCAUUCUCACAAGUUUGAAUCUAGAAUUGAAAAGUAUUCUAAAUCUGAUAAACUACUGUCUGAGCAUCCACAGGACCUUAUUUAUAACCCAGAACAUUUAGCUAUGAUGGGACAAAUUAAUGGUAAAGAAGACGAAGAAUUAAAACAGAAUGGUCAAGGACUGUAUGCUUUCAAUGAUUUAAUAAGCAGUCGACUUAGUUUAAACAGAGCUGUACCAGAUACCAGGCAUAAACUUUGUCAGGCAGUGAAGUACCAACCUGAUCUUCCAAGAGCCAGUGUAAUAAUAUGUUUCUACAAUGAAGCCUGGUCUACACUUCUACGUACGGUACACUCGGUUCUAAACAGAACACCGGCACAUCUGUUACAUGAGAUUGUCUUGGUUGACGAUGCUAGUGAACUGCCUCACCUACAAAGCAAGCUAGCAGAGUAUGUGUGGUCAUUACAUCCAAAUAUAACCUUGGUACGGUUACCUGACAGACAAGGUCUUAUACGUGCCAGGCUUUAUGGUGCCCAUGUGGCAACAGGGGAGGUUUUGGUAUUCCUUGACAGUCAUUGUGAGGUAAAUAAACAGUGGUUAGAGCCGUUACUGGCCAAGGUCGCUGAGAGUCGUAGAACGAUAGCUAUACCUGUUAUUGACAUGAUUAACUCCGGCACGUUUGAGUACAAGGCAUCUGCUCUAGUGAAAGGUGGCUUCAACUGGGGCAUGCAUUACACCUGGGAGCAUUUACCGAAAGAUUACUUCAAAGAUGAGGAGAGCUAUAUACAGCCUAUAGAAACACCGACAAUGGCAGGGGGAUUAUUUGCUGUGAACAGACAAUACUUCAGAGAGAAAGGGGAGUAUGACCCUGGACUGGAUACAUGGGGAGGAGAAAAUCUAGAAAUUUCAUUUAGAAUUUGGCAGUGUGGGGGAAGACUAGAGAUCAUACCUUGUUCUCGUGUUGGUCAUAUUUUCCGACAAAGACGUCCAUAUGGUUCACCUGAUGGUGGGGACAGCAUGUUGAAAAACUCUGUUCGGGUAGCGCGUGUAUGGAUGGAUGAAUAUAUAAAAUAUUUCUUUCAAGUUCAGCCUGCAGCAGCCGAGGUUAAUUAUGGUAACAUAACAUCGAGAAUUGCAUUACGAGAAAAAUUAAAAUGCAAUACAUUCAAGUGGUAUCUUAGAAUUAUCUAUCCAGAACAGGUUAUACCAGAUAAACCAAACCAUGGUAAAGUUGGAAAUUUACCUCCAAAAUACAAGGUCAAGUUAAAAAAGAGAGGGCUUAUAAAGAACACAGAGACAGGAUUGUGUAUCUUAUCAGAGGAUGAAGUUCCCCUCAGGAAUUCGUUGCUAACAUUAGGAAGCUGUGAUAGAAAUAAAAAAUACCAGGUAUGGAAUGAAACAGAAGAUCAAGAACUGAUGCUAGUAUAUAACCUCUGUCUGGAUGUACACGAUGAUAGUGGUAAAAAUCUACAUGCUAAACUCGGCAAAUGUGAUGGUAUGAAACGUACCCAAGCAUGGGUAUGGAUUAUAAAGAACUAUAUAUACCAACUGUAUAAUCCAAACAGUGGAAAAUGUCUGGUGCCAGUUAAAAAUGCCAACAAAUAUUAUUUAAAACUAGAAAUUUGUACAUUAAAUAAUAAAUUAUCAGUGUUUACCAUGGAGGAAAGAUAGUGUUCUUUUAAAAGUUGUGUUCAGUCUUCCGUAUCAUUAUAUUACAUUACAUUAUAUUAUGUUACAUUAUAUUACAUUAUAUAUCAUUACAUCAUAGAACAUCAUGUUACAUAACAUUACUUUGUACAGUUCUUAAUCCUUAUUUAUUUAAGUUGUAUAUUUUGUAAAGAUUCGAUUGAUGUUGUUGAAUGAAAUAUCAAACAUUGAGGGAUACAUUUUAUUAUCAAAAUAUUGUGUGUGUAGAUGUUAAUUAGAUACAUUCCAUGAAAGUGGUAAACAUUACAAAUGUUAGAUUUCCUAAAUUUUAGCUAUAUCCUCAGAGGUAAUGUUUGUCUAAUAUCAUAAUGUCUACCAUGCAUCAUGCCUCGUUCUCAGCAAUUUUUUUAACCUAGAAAAGAUAUUUGUUACAAAUAUAACCCAUGAGAAUGUUCCUUGACUGACCAACUUCAAAACUUAUAUAACUGAUUCUAGUGUGAUGCCUAAAUAGGUCAUAGAAAUACAAAAAAAAGUCUUUAAAAACUUCUCAUAAACUGAAUGAACCAGAUUUGAUAUGUAGUAUCAACUUGUAGUCCUCUACAGAAAUUAUUUCAAUUAUGCCCCUUGGACCAAAAUUGGAAAUGCCUUGUGGAUCACUUUAGGACUUAUUUGUAAAACUUUCAAUGCACAGAGCUUAGAUAUUUGGCGUGUAUUCUUAACUAGUGAACCUCCACAAUUUUUAUAUGAAUCACGCUACUUGGGUCAAAAAUUGGCCUAACUUGGGAGGUUUCUUAGUUACCAUAAACUGACACUUGUAUGCAACUAGUAGUUAAUACCAUGAAAAUUGUUUACAUUGUUCAGAAUAGAGAUGUUUCAUUUACAUGUAGCAUCAUCUUGUGAUCCUUUACAAAAGUUGUAUAAAUCAUGCCCCUGGGUUAAAAAUGACACUGUCUAAUAAAGCCAGAUACCUCUUUGUACAUUGAAAAUUAUUAUCAUCUAUUCUCACACUGGAUCUGUGAUUUUCAAGGGAAAUCGUGACCCUCUUGUUUCUUCUUAAACUGUUCUGUGUUUGGUAAGAUUUUUAAGUAUUUGACUAUAUCUGAAUAACUCUGUAAAAAUAUAUGCACUCAUAACAUUGAGUAUUUUUGUUUGUGUUUCCUCUAAAGCCAUGUCCCUUAACAUUAAACUUUUCAGUGAUGCAAGAUUGCUUCCUUUGCUCUUUGUAAGUUAGAAAUUGUCAAUUUCGGUUUUGAAACAAAGUAACAAUGUAAGAGAAGGAUGAAUCUUGCUCUUGUUAUGUGACUACUGAUUUUGUAUACAUACCAUUUUGUAUUAAAUUAUAUGCAAAAUAAAGACGGUUGCCAUAGAAAACUAUU